AUGAUCCCCAGCUCAUUUCCCACAAGGUUGCGCUCUUUAGCCGAUCCGAGUUCCGACUCCAUCCCCAGACUGGACAAGGCCACUUGCCGGAUCCAGAAAGGAGUCGAGAAAGAUGGCUUGGAUGGCUUGAAUGAGAGCCGACUCACCAGACUAGUAAACUGCGGGCGAGGGGAAGUUGGCUCUUUGGCGGAAAAUAUCGUCUCGAUAGCGGCCAUCUCAGGCACUGUAGAGGUUGCCGCUUGUUAUGUUUCGUCAGGCUUCGUCAUUGUGCAGGUUUGGUGUAUCACGAAGAAUGGGCAAUUUGCCUACAUGCUCGGUGAGACGGUCGCCAACAAGAGUCGAUACGUAUCAGCCAGAUCCGACGCUGUGGAAUGGGACAUGCCACAGCAUGAUUUCAAGGACUCGGCGGAGAACUCCGUUACACACACCUGUACAUUAACACCAGGCUCAGAUCCGCGGGGACAGCCAUCAAACAAGGCACUCCAAUCGCAAGCCGUCUCGGCCGAGGCCGGUCGUCUUGCGAUGCUUGGACCUGAGAGCCCGGUCGCUGCACUUUUGGCUCUGAAGUCAUUACAGACCUGUAGUACGUUGGACGUGGCCGAAAGCAAAUCUGCAAGCUGCUGCUCCAUCCGGGCUGAAGAUCCGGCCAGCGACAUGUUUGAAGUCGGUGAUGCAAGCGGGGCAGCGGCAGCUUAA